AUGACUUUACCGCCGGUCGCGAUGAAAAUCAAAGAUUUAACUAUUCGAGAAGGGAGUAAUGCGUGUACUAUUAUAGCACUACUCAUGGCUACAAACAUAAAUACAUCAAACAUUCGAGUCAAUUGUUUGUUCACACAAUCAAUCAAAGACAGCCUCACUGAAUUGUUUUCAGAUGCAAUACUAAAUGGUAAUGUAAUCCAUCAAAAUUUAUUCAAAAAUAGCAGCUCAUCACAGGAUACAAACUUAACUGUGCCAGAAGCAAUGAAGGCAGGCAAAUCAUCACUGGGCACCAUGACUGAAUGGAAAAGUUCAGUUUAUUUUAACGAUAUGAUAAUCAACUUGUACACUGAGAUGAACCGUUAUGUAAUCGAAUGGUAUACAAAUCCUCCAUGUUGUAAACCAAACAACCUUUACAUAAUUCUCAUUGCUCACAAUAAAGCAAUUUUAAUAGUAAUACAGUUAGAUAUGAACUCAGUAUUACUUAUUGAUUCUCAUCAACAUUCAUCACAYGGAGCUUUGAUUUGUCAAUGUCGAAUAUCAAAAUUAGAAAACCUUUGUUCAUGGUAUGCAAAAAUGUUGUGCAAUUCAGCCGGAUCAAAUCCAAAUGCCUACGAACUUAGUUUUUUAUAUUAUAAGUGUAAAAAACAAAAAAAUAAACACAGCAUUUGAUUUUAAAUAUAUGAAUUUAAUCGUGAUACAWACAAUAAAACAUAAAAUACAGAACUAUUUAUACUAA